AUGGGUUGGUUUUGGGCUGACAGUAAGAUAAAUAACACUACAAGAAAAGAAGGCUUGAAUGAAGCCGCCAAAUGUCCGGUUGCGGGUACUACUGCGAAUCACACGGAGGUAUCGUCUGCCUGUCCAGUGAUGCAUGGGCCGGGAUCUGAGGCUGGGCUUAAUCCUCUUAACAAUAUUCCACAAGCACUUUCGCACCAUAAGCAGCCCGGUCAGAAGCUUGACCUUCCCAAGGACCGGACUGUGAGCUCGAUCCCUAAAGGAAACCCUAGCGCAGAAGAGUUUUGGGAAUAUCCUUCUCCGCAGCAAAUGUACAACGCCAUGGUGCGUAAGGGUAAGAUAGAUACUAAUACCGGAGAGGAGAUCCCAGAAGAUGCAGUUGAAUCGAUGGUAUUUGUUCAUAAUUUUCUCAACGAGGGCUGCUGGCGAGAGGUUUUGGAUUGGGAGCAGAAGUACACGGAAGAAACUAAUAUGGAACCUAAGCUUUUGCAGUUCAUGGGGAAGCCUUCACAACUUUCACCAAGAGCACGUUGGUAUCACUUGUUAGGUACCCUUUUCCCUUCCCACUUUUCGAGCGAGUUGCCCUUCGAUCGUCACGACUGGGUUGUACUGAGACCAGAUCCGACUUCCGCUGACCCUGAAACACCAGGAUACAGGAAAGUGCGGUACGUGAUUGACUUUUAUAGCGGUGCUGAUGAUGAAGAUGGUCUUCCCACUUUCAACCUUGAUGUACGCCCUGCCCUUGAUAAUUUGACCAACGCGAAGGAUAGGUUUGUCCGCUGGACACAGCCAAUACUAGACGAAUACUUCGGCAACGAUAAGAAAUGA